AUGGCUGGCAACAAUCUUCUCAAGCUUUCUCUCUUCCUCUUCCUCACCCUCUCCACCUUGGCCUACAGCAGCGACGACGGUGAUGAAACCAACAAGAACAACGACGCUCGCAGCCUUCACUCUAAGCCUCUAAUGCUCGUAAAGAUAUGGUGCAUGGUUUUGGUUUUUGUUGGGACAUUUGCAGCCGGAAUGUCUCCCUACUUCUUAAAGUGGAACGAGGGGUUUCUGGUUCUAGGAACGCAGUUUGCUGGCGGUAUUUUUCUGGGAACAGCUCUCAUGCACUUUCUAAGUGAUUCAAACAAGGCUUUCGAAAGCUUGACUGAGAAGGAAUACCCUUUUGCAUAUAUGAUGGCGAGCCUGGGGUUCUUGAUCACCAUGCUUGCGGAUUCUGUGGUUUCAUAUGUGUAUGCUAAGCAGAAGGACAGUGACCCUGAAGUUCAAAGUAGGUGCUAAUUAAUGAUAUGUGCUCUUGCUAAGCACUGUUAUAGGCUGUGAACCUUUUGCUAACCAUUUUGUUUUCAGUUCUUUCGAUUCGGUGAAGAUUCUGAUUUUAUG